CGGCGUACAGUGCAUCGUCUCUGUUGGAUGUUGGAUCAGUCGCGUUUCGCGUCUCACAUUCGCGCAGUGUAUUGUAUACGAGUCGUUGCUUACGGAUCACCUACGAAGUACGGUUCGGAUCGCAAAACGCGCGGGAUAAUACUAAAAGGACAUUGAAGAGAAAGAGAUCGAGUUGCUCGCAUUCAGAGAUAAAUAGAGGAUAUUUUGAUACAUCGGAAAAGGCGUGAGGCCGGUUUUCUCACGUCACGACACGCACGCCGGCUCAACGGUUGCCUUUGUCUCCGUACACACGAGAAAUUCGAGCGAUAAAGAGUAAUAAACAUGUCAGAUGAAAAUUCAUCUAUGGUCGAGGAGCAAAAAAAGAAAAGGGGUAGGCCAUCCAAAACAGAUAAAAAUGCUGUUAAGGAGCCAAAAAAGAGAGGGAGACCAGCAUUAGACAAAAAUAAUGCAAUGCGUGCAGCAAAAUCUGACAAUGAGGACGAUGCAUCUCCUACUCCCGUUAAAAAGGCUAGAGGACGACCAAAGGGUUCUCACAAAAAGAAGCAGGGAUCACCAAAAGUCCCCUCAGGAAGAGGUCGUGGAAGGCCGAAAAAAAAAGAGGAAAAACCAGAAAGUACUGGUGAAGAAGAAGACGAACAAGAAGAAGAAGAAGAAGAAGAAGAAGAAAAUUGAAUAUAAAAUAACAAUUUCAGUGUAUCAGUCUUAUUCUUUGAAUGUUUUUCAAGAAACUGAUAAAUUUAAAGUUUUUAUGUUUGCUUUUUUACAUCAUAAUCUGCAAAAUGGAAUAGUAAGAAAAAUAGUUUAAUUUAUGGCAAUUAGAUUUUUGGAAAAUGAAAAAACUGCACAUAAAACUUGCGUUAAGAAUAUGUUUAAGCUUUCUUUUUUUUUUAAUAUUUGAAUUUGUCCAUCUUAUUAUCAUAUUUUAAGCAUUAAAACGUAAAAAGAGCUCGAGCCUUUUGAAUCUCAUAAACUAACUUAUAAUUAGUGAAAAAAUAAAUUGUUUAUAUUACAUGACAAAA